AUCUAUUACUGGGAUAUUUUAACAACCUUUUUUCCGUGUUUAAUGUUUGGAAUCAAGAAUGUACUUUUCACUUAUUACAUCUCAAUUCACACUAAUCACAUUUCAGGUGCUCUGUAGCCGUGUGUUGUUAGUGGAUGCCUUACUGGACAGAAUAGAUCUAAACUGUGUCUUCAGCAUAGUAGAAGAACCAGACCUAGGUAAUUCCAGCCACUGUCCUUUGCAUAACUCAGUUCCCUUCACCUAGAAACAGCUUCAUUAUCCAAACAUGCUAAAUUUCCUUGCUGAGAAACACAGGGGAACCUGAGAGCUCUAAUCUUUAAUUCUUAUCAACUCUGGACCUAUGUGUAUGUGUAUGUAUGUAGUAUGUGCCCACAGAGGCCAAAGGAGAGCAUUGAAGCCCUGGGGAGCUAGACAUAAGUGGUUGUGAACCAUCCACAUGGAGUGCUGGGAUCUGAACUCUGAGAAGACUGGAAGUGUUCUUAAUCUCUCUUGCCCUUUCUGUGAAAAAUUUUAACAUUAUUGUUUUUCUUUUUUGAGAUGAGGUCUCCUUUGUUGUCCAGGCUGCCCUGGAACACCUGGGCUCAAGUGAUUCUCCUCUCUCAGCCUGCUGAAUAGCUAGGACUACAGGGUUUUGGCUUUUUGCACUGAAUGUAACCUAGACUGAUCGUCUCAGGCUUGUGUUGCCCCAGGAUACUGUCAAAGGCAGUGUCUGUUUCUGCAGAGUUUUGCACAGAGUCUGUUCCCAUGCAAACCAAUGAGGGAGAAGUAGAGGAAGAAAGCUGUUCCAAGGUGGAACAGGAGGAUUUUGUAAUGGAAGGGCAUGGCAAGACUCCACCUCCUGGAGAAGAAAGCAAACAAGAGAAGGAGCAAGAAAGGGAAGAACAGUUAAUGGAAGACAAGAAAAGGAAGAAAGAGGAUAAAAAGAAAAAAGAAGCCACCCAGAAGGUCACGGAACAAAAAACCAAAGUGCCCGAAGUGACGAAACCAAGUUUAAGCCAACCAACGGCCGCCAGCCCAAUUGGCAGCUCUCCAUCGCCACCAGUCAAUGGUGGCAACAAUGCCAAAAGGGUGGCAGUGCCGAACGGACAACCGCCAAGCGCCGCCCGCUACAUGCCUCGGGAGGUGCCGCCGCGAUUCCGUUGCCAGCAGGACCAUAAAGUGUUACUAAAGCGUGGGCAGCCCCCUCCGCCGUCCUGCAUGCUCCUCGGGGGUGGGGCAGGGCCUCCUCCCUGCACAGCACCUGGAGCAAACCCAAACAACAACGCACAAGUGACAGGAACGCUGCUGCAGAACGAGAGUGGGACUGCACCAGAGUCAACCCUUGGAGGUGCUGCUGCUUCAAAUUAUGCAAAUUCCACUUGGGGCCCGGGAGCCUCCUCCAACAACGGCACCUCCCCCAACCCAAUUCACAUCUGGGACAAGGUGAUUGUAGACGGGUCUGAUAUGGAAGAGUGGCCUUGCAUUGCCAGCAAAGACACUGAAUCUUCUUCCGAAAAUACCACCGAUAACAACAGUGCCUCGAACCCUGGCUCUGAGAAGAGCACUCUGCCAGGAAGCACCACUAGCAACAAAGGCAAAGGGAGCCAGUGCCAGUCUGCAAGUUCUGGGAACGAAUGUAAUCUUGGGGUCUGGAAGUCUGACCCUAAGGCUAAAUCUGUUCAAUCUUCCAACUCUACUUCAGACAGCAACAAUGGACUAGGAAAUUGGAGGAAUGUGAGUGGUCAAGACAGAAUUGGACCUGGCUCUAGCUUCAGCAACUUUAACCCAAAUAGCAACCCAUCUGCCUGGCCAGCAUUGGUCCAAGAAGGAACUUCUAGGAAAGGGGUGUUAGAAACAGAAAAUAGUAAUUCCGGUGCACAAGUAGGCACAGUAGGUCAGGCAUCCAGGGAACAGCAGUCAAAGAUGGAAAAUGCGGGUGUUAAUUUUGUUGUCUCUGGCAGAGAACAGGCUCAAAUUCAUAACACUGAUGGACCAAAAAAUGGAAACACUAACUCCUUGAACUUAAGUUCACCAAGCCCCAUGGAAAAUAAGGGAAUGCCCUUUGGGAUGGGCUUGGGGAACACCUCCAGGAGCACUGAUGCCCCUUCACAAAGCACUGGAGAUCGAAAGACUGGGAGUGUUGGGUCUUGGGGUGCAGCUAGGGGGCCUUCUGGAACUGACACAGUCUCUGGACAAAGCAAUUCUGGAAAUAAUGGGAACAAUGGAAAAGACAGAGAGGACUCCUGGAAAGGAGCUCCUGUUCCAAAAUCAACUGGGUCAAAAAAUGACUCUUGGGACAACAAUAACAGGUCUACGGGUGGGUCCUGGAACUUUGGCCCUCAGGACUCUAAUGACAACAAAUGGGGUGAUGGGAACAAAAUGACAUCUGGGGUCUCUCAGGGAGAAUGGAAACAGCCGACUGGGUCUGAUGAAUUGAAAAUUGGAGAAUGGAGUGGUCCAAACCAACCAAAUUCUAGCACUGGAGCAUGGGACAAUCAAAAGGGCCACCCCCUCCCUGAAAACCAAGGCAAUGCCCAGGCUCCCUGUUGGGGAAGGUCUUCCAGCUCCGCAGGAAGUGAAGUUGGAGGUCAAAGCACUGGAAGCAACCACAAAGCAGGAAGUAGCGACAGUCAUAAUUCUGGCCGUCGGUCCUACAGGCCCACACAUCCUGAUUGCCAGGCUGUCUUGCAGACUCUUUUGAGCCGAACUGAUUUGGACCCCAGGGUGCUCUCAAACACUGGCUGGGGCCAAACUCAAAUUAAGCAGGACACAGUGUGGGAUAUUGAAGAGGUGCCAAGGCCUGAAGGGAAAUCUGACAAAGGAACUGAGGGGUGGGAGAGCGCUGCCACACAGACUAAGAACUCAGGGGGCUGGGGAGAUGCACCUAGCCAAAGCAAUCAAAUGAAGUCUGGAUGGGGGGAGCUCUCAGCCUCAACCGAGUGGAAGGACCCCAAGAGCACAGGAGGCUGGAACGACUAUAAGAACAACAACUCUUCUAACUGGGGAGGACGAGCUGAUGAAAAGACACCUUCCUCUUGGAAUGAGAGUUCCUGCAAGGACCAGGGGUGGGGAGGUGGGCGCCAGCCCAGCCAAGGAUGGACUUCCGGGAAGAAUGGUUGGGGCGAGGAGGUUGAUCAAGUAAAAAGUAACAAUUGGGAAAGUUCUGCAAAUAAGCCUGUGUCUGGGUGGGGAGAAGGAGGGCAGAAUGAAAUUGGAACUUGGGGUAAUGGUGGGAAUGCAAACCUAGCUUCAAAAGGUGGGUGGGAAGAUUGCAAAAGAUCCCCUGCAUGGAAUGAGACAGGCAGACAGCCCAAUUCCUGGAAUAAACACCAACAGCAGCAGCAGCCGCCGCCACCACAGCCAGAGGCUUCUGGUUCAUGGGGAGGCCCACCCCCACCACCUCCAGGCAAUGUUCGACCUUCUAAUUCCAACUGGAGCAGUGGGCCCCAGCCUACAACCCCCAAGGAUGAUGAACCCAGUGGUUGGGAGGAGCCAUCCCCACAGUCAAUUAGUAGAAAAAUGGACAUCGAUGAUGGCACUUCUGCUUGGGGAGACCCUAACAGUUAUAACUACAAGAAUGUGAACCUAUGGGAUAAGAAUUCCCAAGGGGGCCCACCGCCUCGAGAACCAAACUUGCCUACCCCAAUGACCGGAAAAUCAGCAUCAGUCUGGAGCAAAAGCACACCACCUGCUCCAGAUAACGGGACUUCAGCCUGGGGUGAGCCUAAUGAAAGCAGUCCUGGGUGGGGUGAAAUGGAUGAUGCUGGAGCAUCGACCACGGGCUGGGGAAACGCACCUGCCAGCGCUCCCAAUGCCAUGAAACCCAAUUCCAAAUCUAUGCAAGACGGCUGGGGGGAGAGUGACGGACCGGUCACAGGAACUCGCCAUCCUAGCUGGGAAGAGGAGGAUGAUGGAGGAGUCUGGAACACUGCCGGCUCUCAGGGAAGCACUUCCUCCCACAACUCAGCCAGCUGGGGACAAGGAGGAAAGAAACAAAUGAAGUGCUCACUAAAAGGAGGAAAUAAUGAUUCAUGGAUGAAUCCUCUUGCCAAACAGUUUUCAAAUAUGGGAUUGCUGAGUCAAACAGAAGAUAACCCAAGCAGCAAAAUGGAUUUGUCUGUCGAUAAGAAAUUUGAUGUGGACAAGCGAACAAUGAAUCUCGGGGAUUUUAAUGAUAUCAUGAGGAAGGAUCGACCUGGGUUCCGUCCACCUAAUUCCAAAGACUUGGGAACCGCCGACAGUGGGCCUUACUUUGAGAAGCUGACUUUGCCUUUCUCCAAUCAAGAUGGGUGCCUUGGGGAUGAGGCUCCCUGCUCUCCCUUCUCCCCUUCUCCCAGCUACAAGCUGUCUCCCUCUGGUUCCACACUACCCAACGUCAGCCUUGGAGCAAUCGGCACAGGGCUCAACCCCCAAAACUUCGCUGCUAGACAAGGCGGCAAUCACGGUUUGUUUGGAAACAGCACAGCACAAUCGAGAGGCCUGCACACUCCAGUGCAGCCACUGAGUUCUUCUCCUGGUCUCCGGGCGCAAGUGCCUCCCCAGUUUAUCUCCCCCCAGGUUUCUGCCUCAAUGCUCAAGCAGUUCCCCAACAGUGGCCUGAAUCCAGGUCUCUUUAACGUGGGGCCUCAGUUGUCUCCUCAACAAAUCGCCAUGCUGAGCCAGCUCCCACAGAUUCCCCAGUUUCAGUUGGCAUGCCAGCUUCUCCUGCAGCAGCAGCAGCAGCAGCAGUUGCUACAGAACCAGAGAAAGAUUUCUCAAGCAGUGCGCCAACAGCAAGAACAGCAGCUGGCAAGGAUGGUGAGUGCUCUUCAGCAGCAGCAGCAGCAACAGCAACAGCAGCAGCAACGGCAGCCUAGCAUGAAGCAUUCGCCAUCUCAUCCUGUUGGACCUAAGCCACAUUUGGACAACAUGGUACCCAACACACUGAAUGUGGGGCUCCCAGAUCUUCAGAACAAAGGGCCAAUACCUGGAUAUGGUUCUGGCUUCAGCUCUGGCGGCAUGGACUAUGGCAUGGUUGGCGGCAAGGAAGCUGGGACUGAGUCUCGAUUCAAACAAUGGACAUCCAUGAUGGAAGGGCUGCCUUCUGUGGCCACACAAGAAGCCACCAUGCACAAAAAUGGCGCUAUAGUGGCCCCUAGUAAAACCCGAGGAGGGUCACCAUACAACCAGUUUGAUAUAAUCCCAGGUGACACGCUGGGUGGCCAUACGGGUCCUGCUGGUGAUAGCUGGUUACCUGCCAAAUCUCCACCAACUAAUAAAAUCGGAAGUAAAUCCAGCAAUGCCAGUUGGCCUCCAGAAUUCCAACCAGGAGUGCCAUGGAAAGGUAUCCAAAAUAUUGACCCUGAAUCUGACCCCUAUGUGACCCCAGGGAGUGUGCUGGGGGGUACAGCCACGUCUCCCAUUGUGGAUACUGACCACCAGCUGCUGCGGGAUAACACCACAGGGUCUAAUUCUUCCCUCAACACCUCGCUGCCUUCACCUGGUGCCUGGCCCUACAGUGCCUCUGACAACUCCUUUACCAACGUUCAUAGCACUUCAGCAAAGUUCCCUGAUUACAAAUCCACGUGGUCCCCAGAUCCCAUAGGACACAACCCCACUCAUCUCUCCAACAAGAUGUGGAAAAACCACAUCUCCUCCAGGAACACUACACCGCUGCCCCGACCACCUCCUGGCCUGACCAACCCCAAACCGGCAUCUCCCUGGAGCAGCACAGCACCCAGAUCAGUCAGGGGGUGGGGAACACAGGACUCUCGGAUUGCCUCGGCCUCUACCUGGAGUGAUGGUGGCUCUGUCCGUCCUAGUUACUGGCUGGUUCUUCACAAUCUCACUCCACAGAUUGAUGGGUCAACCUUGAGAACGAUCUGCAUGCAGCAUGGUCCACUGCUGACAUUCCAUCUGAAUCUAACCCAGGGCACUGCCCUGAUCCGGUACAGCACCAAACAGGAGGCAGCCAAGGCCCAGACUGCACUGCACAUGUGUGUGUUGGGAAACACUACCAUCCUGGCCGAGUUUGCCACUGAAGAUGAAGUCAGCCGCUUUCUGGCUCAAGCUCAGCCUCCUACACCUGCAGCAACCCCAAGCGCACCUGCCACAGGAUGGCAGUCUCUGGAGACCAGCCAGAACCAGGCAGACCCCGUUGGACCUGCGCUGAACCUUUUCGGUGGGUCCACCGGGCUCGGGCAGUGGAGCAGCAGCGCUGGUGGCAGCAGUGGGGCCGAUCUUGCUGGCACUUCCUUGUGGGGUCCCCCAAACUAUUCUUCUAGCUUGUGGGGAGUCUCAACGGUGGAAGAUCCCCACAGGAUGGGCAGCCCUGCUCCUUUACUACCUGGUGACCUUCUGGGAGGAGGGUCGGAUUCAAUCUGAACUUAGAACUUUCAACUCUGACCUCGUGACCUUUUUUGGAACAGCAGCAGCACUAACUUGACCUUUUCGUUUUUUUUUUCAACUUGCAAUAAAUACAUUUUUAAAAGGAAAAAAGAAAACGGAGAGAGAAAAAAGGUGGGUCAUUGACAGACUGUCUGAGCACAUAGUUGCCUCCCUUAAAACUUCAGUUUUUUCGUUUGGAAUAUGAAUCCAAAAAGAGAACAUAUCACUCUUGAAAUACUUGAAUCAUGAACGCCAACCUAGAAAGACAAUGUGAAGCAAGUACACAUACCAUUUAAAUUUAAACACAAAAAAUUAAAAAAAUUAGUUUCUAGUUUUUCACUUUUUUCAUGUUAUAUGGAAGUUGUUGCUAAGAAACAUAUAUACUGAAAAAAAUAGCUUUUUAACUUUGUUUGCACUGGGUGUGUUUCCGUCCUUAGGUCUACCAUGUUUGGGUGGGAGGGAAAUUCAAAAGAAUUGUUGGGGGAGGGGGGAGGGAAGACUUGACGGAGCCUCACUUUAAAAACAAAAACAAAAAAAAACUUAAAAAAAAAAGGAAAAUUUUUGUGAUUGGCUGGUUGAUAAAUACCAGUGUGUUCUGGCACAUGUAACUGCCCAGGCAUGCUUGUUCUGGUAUGUGUGUGCACGUGUGUUCAUGUGCAUUUGUGUGCAUCCUCCUCUAUGUCUCUGUGUGCCUGCGUCCUGCCCUCCUCAUCUCAGCCGACCCUGAUUUCUCUGAAAGCUGCAUUGCUGACAGUUCGCAGGCUGGCUGGCCGGCCAUCUGCUUUUCAUCUUUUACCUAUGAGAACACAGGAGCACAGGAAGCUGCUGCAACUCAAGCCUCUUCGGGCUGCAUUGAGACGAAGGGUGCUGUUCAGUGAGUAGAGCAGUCGCCGGGAUAUGAGGUUCCUCAGCUUUCUCUUGACCUAGUAGCAGAGCGGAGCACUGCCAAGGCCAGCAGUUGGGGCAGAGGUACCUCUUAGAGCACCUGCUGCUCACUUCUGUGCUGUGAAAUGAGCUGUAAGUCCCAAACAGGCCUUUUUAAAAGCUACUUUGAAUGGGAACAGAAAAUUCAGUAAUUUUUAAAUCAUGUGAUGCUUCAAAAGCAGAAAAACUGUGUUCCCACUUUUAUGUGAUCAGGUGUGAGGAUUUUUUAAAAAGGAAUCAGGUAAUGCAAACUGAAUAUUCUUAUUGUUUAUCAUUAUCAUUUGAGGAAAACAGCAAAUUGUGAGCAGCCUCCUGAAAGCAUCGCAGCUACUCCCUCUGCUCCUCUCUCGCUGAGCAUUACCUGUGCCAGGCCGUGGCGUGUUACAGCACCAGGCCAUCACUGACAGAAACGUUUACUUAACGAAUGUUCUUAAACCAGUGUGUACUUCAGGCUUCUCCCUUUGUUUCUCUGUGUUGUGUUUCCUGUGUAUGUGGUUUUGCUUAGGCAGAAAUAACUUAGCAAAGACUUAAGUAUUGCACCUUGUUUUGGUUUUGACCUCUUUUUUCUUCCUUGUAAUGUGGGGGGGGGGUUGUUUUGUUGUUGUUGUUGUUGUUGUUUGGUAUUUAAAGACUUUUUUUAAAAAGCAUCAAUGUAGUAGUUCUCUGGGCCGAACAGGAGGCAAUGUUUAAUCCAUAGUUAUCAACAACAUGUAUGUACUAUGUUGGAAUCAAAAUAUAUCAAACUGCUUAUUGUGACGAGAGUGAAAGCAAACCUGAAGGGGAAUCCUUACAUACAAAAUAGAUGGGGGGAGGGGGUGGGGAGAUGUGUGCGGGUAACAUGCUAGCACUUGUGUGGAUAUCCCAGUCUGCAAUGUACUGUUUGUUCAACAUGAAGUGCCGACAUUCUGUACCAGCAAUUACCUGCCCAUUCCAACCCCUGGUGGGAGCAGACCUCUGCUGUCCUCUGUGACUUGCUGCUAUUGAGGACAAGGGAGUUUUUCUUUCUUUAGCAUCUUCAGUGAAGGAUACAACAAUGCCUAAUGUAUUUGACUUUCAGCUUGUGUCUUUGUGUAGAUGGGUAUGGGGGGGUAUGGAUAGGAAAACGAAAAACAACAAAAAACAAACAAAACCAAAAUUGCAUGUAAGUGGCUUUGUGAGACAAUGAGUGGGAAAUUCUGUAGUCUUCUUGGCUUACCCCACUGAAUAUAACCCUGACUUCAGAAGAGGUUGACAGGCUUGGUUCCUGUGGGCACUUGUGCUUGCCAGUCUGGGAGCCCUUGGCAGGUGGGUGGGCAAAUGAGUUUGAAGUUCUGCUUUGUUCCUGCAACACCUUGUUCACAUGGACUCAGCCUUCCUCCUGCUCUCUGGUUUCCAUCACCACCAUCCCCCUCCCACCUCUGCCCUACAAAAUGUCUCCUUCCAGCCCUGCUGACUCUCAGUGUUUGAGCAGAGCUGUGUUGUGGGUGGAGAUGUCCAAGUGAAAGCAGCUUAUAUUCAGACAUCUGCAGACUGAAGGCUAAAUCUUAGUGUCUCCAGACUCCCAGGAGCCUACGGGGACUGUCCACUGCCGCUCUUGGUUCAUAGCCUUGCCUGCCCUCUCUUCCUCUUUCCCCUCCUCCUCUUUCUGCCUGUUGGGUCCUUGACCUGCACUAAGGCUUAGUUGAGUUCCUUACGAUACUACGGUGAAAGCCGGGUGCUAGAGCCCCUCUUGUUUACAAGACAUAAUGAGGGAUUUGAAAUACGUAAAAAUAACACGAGAAGCUAAAAUGUUCUUCCAUCAUAAGCUUAAAGGGAAAAAAAAACUAAAAAACUAAAAAAAAAGACCAAAAAGUGCAUAUAUAUAUAUAUAUAUAUACACAUACAUAUAUAUAUAUAUACACACACAUAUAUAUAUACACAUAUAAAUAUAUAUUUUAGAUGAAGACUAACUCUGGGAGCAUUUAACAGUGUUUUUGUUUUUAACAUUUAUUUUCCUGCUUUAAAAUUUGCAAGCAUUCUCAGGAAUUCUAGGGUAGGCAGCCAGUUUUUUGAAGAUGGUUUAUUUAAAUGUAUCUUAUCCUAGAUAGACAGCCGUUUCUUUCCCAUUAGUAAACUUUUACAAGUUCCUGAAACUUCAAAAAGUUUAAAUGAUUUUUACUUACAAAAAUGUAAAAAGAGAAGUCUCCAAAUGUUGUUAUCAUACAGGGGAGUCACACAUUUUAAGAUACAUAGAGAUAUUUUUUAAGAAUUUAGCAGCAACAAGUAAAUUCAUUAUCUUAACUGUGGGAGAAGGGUUAAGUUUUGUGAGCGCUGUCACGGCCUCCCUGAAUGGGGUAGUGUUUGGUGUACAUGAGUAGGAUUGCCAGUACACUAUAAGCUUCUGUGUAAGGCUGGGCUGACAUCUCCCGUCAUGUUUAUGUCCUCAGAUGCAACCCUUCUCCCUGUCUCUCUAGCCCCAUCAAAAAAGAAAGGAAUAAAGAAAGAAACAACAAUUUAAGGAAAAGAAUUGGCUCUAAACUGUUUAAGUAGUGUGGUUGUUGGAUUGCUGAGAAUCUAUGUAAAGAGUUAGGAAAUAUUUUAAACAAAUCUUAAAUAGAAGCAUUACUAAAGGAAAAUUACCUAUGGACUGUUCUGUUCAUGAAGACUGUCUGUUUCACCUCCAUCUGUUGCAGGAAGAGGAAACAGAAGAAUCUAAUAAGGAACAAGUGGUUUUGCUUUGUUUUAGCUCCCAGCUACUGUUGUGCUUGUUUUAAAUGCUGUUUUGAAGAUCUGCUGCUUACUGUCCCCAUCCUGGGUGGUGGAGAUGUGGAGUGUUUCCUUUCGAUUUUGGUCAUACCCAAUUCUCCUUUUGUAUUCCCUCCUGGGGCCAGAGGUCAUGGCCACAGCUUCUUUCAAACUUUAAGCUUCCCAGUGGGAAAGAAACUCCAGCUCCACAGGUAAAGUGAGUGGGUGGGGUGGCUACCUGCAUUCUCUGAAACCGCUUUCGUGCCUUCGCACAUACACCCAGACAUCCUGAGCAGGGGACAAGUGUGUAUGUGCACGUGGUCCAACCACUCCACAGUUAGUAAGAAGCUUGCUUAUAAAGGAAAUCGGAGUGGUUCUGGACAGGCCCCAAAGGCAGUGGGCUAAAUCAAAAUAAACAAAAAUUGAAGUUAAAUACCUUUUUCUUUUUCUUGUUUUUUUUUUCUUGUUUUCUUUUGUCUGAUAAUGUGGGAUGCCAAGUUCUUUCCUGUGUUGUGUGCCCUCCAUAGGUGCUGACUUUUCCGUGUGUAGAAAGGUGACAGUUACAGUGAUGGGGAAAGUAUUUUUGUGCUGGGCCAGUGGAAGAAGGCUCCUGCUUCUCAACUUCUGUUUUCCUUGUCUUCUCCCUGCCCCUCCCCUUCUUCCAUUUGUCACCUUUCUGGAUGCUUUUGUUAUUGAUUGGCAAUGACCCAAGAAGAGAGAAUGUGGUGAGAAAGCCCUUCCCUUCCCGUGGUAUUCUUUAGUAGGAACCCUGUCUACCAAGACAUUAGGCAACUUCAUUAUGCAUGGAAAAAUUCAGUGAGCAUACCCUUCCAGCACGUUCUGGCAUAUAUACAGAGGCUUGCUAGUCACCACUGUACAGAUUAGUUUGUGCUUGUAAGUGUGAGCUUUCUGUUUCAUACUAGGUGUUCCUUGUGGGCUUUUUAUUUGUUUUGUUUUGCUGUAAACAACUCCUAUUUUUGUUUUUCCAGACAGUUUCUCUAUAUAGCCCUGGCUGUCCUGGAUCUUGCUCUGUAGACCAGGCUGGCCUCUAACUCACAGAGAUCUACCAGCCAGCUCUUUUAAAUUCUUAAUUAGUGGUAAGUAGACAUAUAUAUAUAUAUCUAUAUAUAUACAUAUGUAUGUAUAUAUAUGUAUGUAUAUGUAUAUAUCUCAUGAGUAUCACAGACUGGUUUCUGUCUGCCAUAUGAGUAGCCAAAAGAAAAGCACAAGUGGGGCAAAGAGCUGUCUUCCAUCACUCGGGAGAACCUCUGCUGCUGAGACCCAGUGCCAUGACCCCGUAGAAGGGUUGAGAAACACACAGGUCUCUGAUAUGCUGUUUAAAAAAAAAAAGAAUAAUCCAUAUAGCAUCUCUUGGUCUCAGCCCUUAAUCCUUGAACUUAUUUCCCCUUUCCAACAUUCAUAGGAAUGAAUGUAUAGCAGUAUAGCAGUACUGGUCCACAAACAACAAAGAUUCCAAACUGUAUUCUACCCUGAGAGUCCCUGGUGAAACAUGACCUGUGUAUUGCCAUUCAGUUAGUAUCGCCAACAGGGGUAUCGCAAUGGCUUGUGUUCUAAGAAUUUUCCCACUUCUGUUGUGAAUGUAGCGUGUUCAAAAUUGAAUGUGAUGUGAAAGAGGAGAAAGAAAGGGAAAAGAAUUUCUGCAAAGAAUUUGGAAGGGUUCCAGUAGUGUACCUACCAGAAACUGGACAUUAACUUACUGCAAAGACUUCACUCCCUUCUUAUAGUUUGGUGCUGGGGAUGAAACCUAGGACUUUGCCAUGCUAGGCAAGCACGCUCUAUGCCUGAGCCACACAAUUUCUCCAGCCCUACACUAUCACUGUCAUCCUUUUCUUAGAAGGGGUAUGAUUUUUGUAGGGUUAACAGCCAGAUUCUAUUUCGCCGACCUCAGAUGCUGUGUACUUAUUCUCUCAUAAUCUGCCAUUUUGACUCUUAGUGUCUCUGUGCUGAGCAAAUGUGUCCACCAAGCCUGCUUUCCAACCCAGUGUCCAUAGGACAUCUUAGCAAGCCUGCUUCCAAUAGCCAUCUCUAAGACUGAGGCACAGUUGAGUCUUUGUGUAGAGAAAGUCCAGUUCUUCCCUAGCCUCUGAGUUAAAAUUUGGCAUAUUACUGCUUUGGAUUGGCUUUUUUUGUCCUAACUAUGAGGUCUUCAACUAGGAACAGAGACACAUUCUUAGCUGUGAGUUUGAUGUUUUGUUUUGUUUUCAAGAAACUUUAUUCUGCAGGUGUUUUUGCCAGGUUUUGUCACAGUUCAUGUCAGUGUAUUGACUACACUUCUUAAUGUCACUGCAAAGAGAAACCUUUUUCUUUGAUCAUGUCUGUCUUCUGUGAGUACAGCUAGGAUUACUCUAGCCUUUGUGCAAGUGACUGUCCAUCUUUAGAUUCCAAUGGCCAUGCAGAGCCCCUUUGUUCUUUAUCUACAAGGACAGGGCUACUGAAGACAUCAUCAGUCUUUAAGAAAUCAAGAAUGUCCCCCAAGUUUGUAUGCUCCCCAUAAUAAUGCCCUAUAGCUUACAGCCAGUGCCAAAGAUAUGCUUUGUCAACAGAGAUGGUUCCAUUCUCAAUCUUAAAUUUGAUAAAGGGGGUAGCCAUACCACAUUCUUUAGAUUUGAAAUUAUCAACUCCAAGGAUCUAAAAAUAUAGUAAUAGUGAAAACUGAUUAUCGGUCCUGGCUUGGUGUUACACACCUUUAGUCCCAGCACUUUAGAGGCAGAGGCAAGUGGAUUUCUGUGAGUUCUAAGCCAGCCUGGUCUACAUAGCAAGAGAGCCUCUGUCUCAUAAACCAAAACCUGAACAUCAAUCCUCGAUAAACUGCCGACAGUACCCCACCACCACCAGUCCACACUGCCAAAGGCGGACAAGAACAAGAACAAGAUACAAGAUGAUCAGAGAGGGGCACUAGUCACUGGAGUGCUAGGCUCUGCCAACUCAGCAUCCACUCUGUCCCUCACGUGUAUGGCCACCUGACUGAAUCCUGAGUAGUCGGGAAGUAUUUCCAUCAAUUAAAUGGUUUUUAAGAUAGUAGCAAAGUAGCUGGGCGUUGGUGGCGCACACCUUUAAUCCCAGCACUUGGGAGGCAGAGGCAGGCGGAUCUCUGUGAGUUCUAGAUCAGCCUGGUCUACAAGAGUUAGUUCCAGGCCUCCAAAGCCACAGAGAAACCCUGUCUCAAAAACAACAACAACAAAAAAUAAUAGCAAAGUGACAGAAACUGCUGAUGUUUGCCUCUUGGAGUUUAAAUAGCUCUUUCUGGUCAGGUGCGCAUGGAUUUGUUUUCAACAAGAAGGGGCACAUGCCAGGAAAAGGACCAGAGGCUCUGCAGAGCUGAGAAUUGUUCCUCAUGGUGACAGAUUCCCCUUUCCAUGGGAGGGGACAGGCCAGGUACACUUUUCAUAAGCAAGAAAUGUCCUGUUUUAAAUAAAAAAGAAAUAGCGUUUCCCUAGAGCGAUAUGUGCCUCUGCUUAGUUCUCACACUAUGAGUAGUCAGUGCUUUGGAAAUAAAUUUCCAAUUACAUUUGACCUGUUUCUAGCCAGUACCAGUAAAUUGGAAUGACUUCUUCAAAAAGGGAAACCCUUCCUUCCUGUAUUUCUCUCCCUUCUGACUUCCUGGACCCUCUUUCUGUUGGGUCAUUCCCCACUGAGGGGGGGGAGCUGUGAUGGGACUAAAGGCAGAUGGUGCAUCCUUACUUUAUGUGACUUACAGCAGGAAAAGGUGACAGAUGCUGAAAAUGAUGCCAAAAAUGGGGGAGGGGGGGCUUUAUGCAAAACAAACCCUUGGGAAUCUUUCAAGAGAUCACAUACCUUGUAAAGGUAGGAUGGUCACUCACCAAGUGAUAGGUUUUAGCUUGAAACUUCUUUUUGCCAUAAGUUUGGGAUUAUGUUACAAUAGUUGUGUUUAAAACACUACCCCCUUUAAAUCUUUUCCAAGGAAUCUCUUAAUUGUACUAUUUCUGAAUGUGCCUUUGUCAGUCCAGAGACCAACUGUGGUCUGUCAGAGUCUCCUGGCAGUCCCCAGAUAUCUGUUGGAUUUUCAUGAGCCCCCAUUUUGCAUAGUGUGGUUGUACUGAAGGGAUUCUGGGUCUCCGGCUGGGAGGUUAUGAGCAAAGCCCAGGUUAGUCCAAUGCAGGUCAUCUGUGUACAUCUGUAUUCUCUAGUUGCAUGUUUGAGUGAAUGUGUGUGUUUCUGUAAGCACUGGAGCAGUUGGGAUGUGGUGAUUUUGGUGACCUGUUCAUGCAUGUAGAGAAGGCAUUUCUGGCUUUUUGCUGCAGAAGGUGGAUUUUUCACCCUCUCUGCCUUAGGAUGCCGUGGUCUUCCCAAAUGCAAGUCACAGCAAUGUUGCUACUUAUGUGAACAGGGUAUUUAUUGCACGCAAAGAGAAAGGUUUUGAAAGAAUCAAGACCAGUGUUUAAAAAAGAAAAAAAAUCUCUAAAAUCAUAUUGUAGUUCUUGAGAACUGUUGUAGUUAAACCUAGAAAUCUAUAGCCUCUUUUGUUUCAUGUUUGUUUUCAACAACCCCACCUCUCCCACUCCCUAUCUUCCACCAUCCUCAGAGCUCCCCCACAGAGGAAAGCACUCUCCAAGGUUCCCUCCACUUCAUUCAGGAAGACAAAGGGAGGCUUCACUCACUCCUGGUUGCCUUGGGAUGUAUUCUUAUGCAAAUGUGAAUUUAACAAGAGGUUGUUGGGUUUGUUUUUGUGGGGUUUUUUGUUUUUUCAAACACAAAAAGGGUCCUUAUGUGGUUAUCCUUGCUCCAUUUUGUAAUCUGAGUUUGUAACUAUGCAUUUUCUGAAAAGGGGGAAGAGGGAAAAGAAGUCAGUUUGCAUUUUUAUGUUUUCCAGUUUCUGUGUCCAUGGUAUCCCCAUGUCUGAGAAGGGAAGAGGAGGGGACUCUCACCAGGUCAGCAUAGUGAGGGCAAAAGGGCCCUCCCAGACCCCGCCCUCUGGCAGGUCUAAUUGCGAAGCAAAUUCUGGGGGGAUCUGCCAUGUCUGUCCAUCAUUAUGGUGCAGGAUUCUUGAUACUGGCCAUGCAGUGUUAACCCAGGGCAGCCAUGGAAAGUUAAAGGCUCCAGUAUUCUCUGAACUCAGAACCCUUUCAAGCUCAGGAAACCAUGCCACACUCUGCUGACCUGAGAGUUCAUCCUUACAUCAUUUUGAAAACUCCUCUCUCACGUUUCUUUGUUGUCAAUCAUUGUAAAGGGAACCAUUCCUAAGAGCUGAGAAAGAGGGCUGUUGCCUGCUGCUGAUUGACAAGCAAAAAAAAAAAAAAAAAGGCUUUCCUUCCCUGUCUGCUAUCUCUGAUCCCUGCUUCCCUCACCUGUACUGAGCUGCUGUGCAGUGAGGUGUGGAGCACUGGAAGGCCUUUGUACUUCCCCCACAAUUCCUUUGUCGAGUGGGACUGUGGUAAAUCAUGGCACCUGCAUUACCCUGGUCUAGGCAUUAUUACAGCACACAGUAUGAGAAGUGAGAGGCGUUCAGCCUGUAUCCAGUGUUUCCACACAGCAGUCUCUGUUAUGUUCACAGUACUGUAAUGGGUGACAGACUUGAUCACAGUCUUUUUGUGUCUGUGCGAGGUUGCACAGGCAUGAUCUUAUCAGGGUUCCAAAUCUGCUCAAUUGCCUUUAAACAAAGCAAAACAACAAGAAAAUCCUGAUGUUUCAAGUGUCUGAUGCAAAACGAUACCUCAAGGUACAUUUGCCCUGCAAUGUAAACCCUUCACUCCUCCUUUCUUAACAUCAGUGAGCUAUUCUUUUUUUGUUUUGUUUUUCAAGGUAGGGUUUCUCUGUGGCUUUGGAGGUUGUCCUGGAACUAGCUCUUGUAGACCAGGCUGGUCUCGAACUCACAGAGAUCCGCCUGCCUCUGCCUCCCAAGUGCUGGGAUUAAAGGCAUGCGCCACCACCAACCGUCGAGCUAUUCUUUAUAAAAUAAGGAUGUGUAAAUAACCGGAUAAGUCUUUGAAACAUUUUCUUUGCUGUGAAAAUAACCCUAAAAUAUGAUACUUGCAUUUUAAGCCGUCAGAAGUUUCAGAUCUGAAUUAUUUGCAUGUUAAAGAAGAAAAAGCAAGAUAGGUCAGUGGGGGUAGCUUUGGGUUUAUGGGAUGGCUGCUUUCUCCCAGUGUUCCUCCUCCCCACAGCACAGGACAGCAGACCACUGGCUAUACAUGCCCUAACUAGGUGCCAUCUAUUCUAGCACCAAGGUCCCAGGGUAGGGAGUGUCUGAAUUUCUCUCUUCCAUAUAUGUUCCAUCCCCUCCAGGAACUUCAGAAGGUUUUGUACCCAGCACUUGAGUUCUUUGCCCAUUUUUGUUCACAUGCCCACACUUCUUUCCCUUUAGUGUGGUUCUUAAGUUCCCCAGUGGAGCUCAGUCCCUGGUAUUGCAGUCUAUCCUGUGGCUUUUUCAGCAAUGCUCUGGAAGUACAUUUCUUACUUAGAAGGAAACUCAGCUAAAACCCUGUGCAUCCUCAGAGCUUCCUCCAUGCUGCUUAAAGCUGACAUUCUUAGAGGAAACACGUUGAUACAUGCUGCUUGUGAGGGCAUUGACAGCUGCUGCCCUCCUAGACUUGGGCUCCCUUGAGACAAGGUUAGAAGACUCCCUUUUUUAUCCCACUUUAACUCAAACCCUAUCUGUCAAGCUCUUUAAGUGCUCUCCCUGAUCUUGUUCACUGACGACUUCCUUUGAGGGAAGAAUCUUGAUGAAAGUGCAUGGGCAUCCCCUACCCAUCUUCUGACUGGCACUGUCCACUUGGAUUUUACUUCUGUAGUUUGUCUGGAGGCCCUUGCCUAUCAGUGUGCUUCCUCUCAUCGCUAGGGUUCCGCCUGCCCUUGUUUUCCUCUCUGAUGUUCCCAAAGGGCUUCGCUGAUGUCUGCACCUCUUUCCUGGGAUGUCCCCUUCCUCCACCCUUUGCACACACCAGUGACCAAAGUGUAUGCAGUGGUUUCAACACAAGACAUCAAAAUGGUGCAGGCACCUCUAGUGUGCUCACAGACAUGUGCACAAGAUUCUGCACCCUUGGCCUUAAUUUCAGCACGACUUAAGGUGCAGGAACAUUUUUAACAGGUUUAAAAAAAAAUCUCUUCUGGGAGGGAAAAUAAAGCAGAUCCAACUACUCAACCAUGCCCACUCCCCAACUCCCCACCAUCUGUUUACUUCUCAUUCUGCAUCCAGCCCUGUUCUGAGCAACCAAAACCAAUAACAAAAGCAACCUGAGGAGAGGUUUCUGGACUGUUUUAUCUUUCUCCCUUUCGAUGGAGAUACAAAUGCUGCUUUGGGUUCUGUAAUCCUAGGGGGCUAUGUUUACAUAGUGAAAUUCAUUCUACCAAAUCAGGAAACAGUGAGUGGGAGGCCCUUCAGCAAGCGGUCACUGAGGCUGAACCAGAGGUGAGAGGACCUGGGGAAGUGGUAGAGGAGGAGAGAGAUCCUAUUUAACUCAUUGUGACACCCUGUUCACUUCCUCCUCUCUGCUCUCAAUGGCCCUCUUUGCCCCUUUAAUCAAAAAGGUUCAGAGAAAGGCACCAGAAGGAAGCUGAAGUUUUAAGAGGCAGCUUUCCAACUUUGCACACAAACAGAAGGUACCGCAAAAAUCCUCUCAUCUGAAACACUCAGCAGAAACAACCUGUCAAAAGGACUAAAUCGCUGCAUAUGUUGAUGCUCUCUGCAAGUUACCUACAAGUGUUUUGUUUUCUUAUACUUGAAAUCGCUUUUACGAUAUUAUUUUGGUGACUUUCUUUUCUCUCUUCCGAUGGGCAGUAGAAAAUGCAGGUGAUAGUUUUACGGAUGUGAGGGGAGAAAAGGAUGUGGCAUUGUCUUUUUAACCUAGAGGUCCAGUCAGACUCCCAUAUGGCAAAGUUGCUCAUCUUACUGGUUUAACAUGGACACAGAAACUAGGCACUUUGGUGGUUCACUUGCACGGCAGGCCAGCCCCCUUUCUAUAUUUUAUUUUACUUUUUUAGUAUAGUGGUACUUAAAAUCACUGGUUCACUUAAAAAAAAUGUUAAACUCUACUAAUGUACAAAUAAGCUGAAAAGUUGCAUUUUAUGUGUAUUUUUUGCCAUAGCAGGUACUGUAUUUCUCAUGCUGGAUUUCAAAGUGUAUAUAUAUAUAUCUAUAUACAUAUGUAUGUGUGUGUGUAUAUAUAUAUAUAUAUAUAUAUCAAAAACAAACAAACUGAAGGGUGGUGUUUUACCGGGUUAUGACAGGUUGAGUAAUAAGGAAUAAAGUCGUAGUCAUUUCAUUAAAACUGAGAGAUGAUGUAACGCAUAUAGAAAAGUUUUCUGAAGGGUUUUUUUGGGGGGGCUUUUAAACAGCUUAUUUUGUUUUUGUUUAGUUUUUAUUUUAUUUUAUUUUGAAAAGAUAUGAUUGUAUUAUGUGCAACUCAGUUGCUUACAUUAUAACUACAAAAAUAUUUUUGAGUUCCUGGAAAAAAAAAGAAAAAAGACUAAUAAAUGUGUUUGGCUGCUAAGCA